AAGAAGACGAAGAAGAAGAAGAAAAAAAAGCGGAGCCUGAGAGCGACGCUAGCGGACGCCUGCAGCUGAUGUACCGCUGGCCCGAAAAUGGAGAGCGACACCGCUGUCAGGAGAAUAAAACAAGUCGGGACACUGAGUUAUGUACCGGGAGAUAACGACGGCUCCCGGGACCGGUGCGGGGACAACGGCUACAACGGUGACGCGAAGAGGAAACCCGAAGUGAGCUUGUACUUGCUGCGGGAAGGGCUGGCUGCCUCCCUGGUGUCUGUGUUUAUUUUGGUGCUGUGGGGACUUGUUCAUGUGUCGUUACAGCAGCUCGUCAUUGGAAAGCCGAGUGGCGACUUCAACGCGGUGAGAGCCAGACGGCACUUAGAACAGAUCACCAGCGUGGGCCCUCGGCCGGUGGGCAGCCAGGAGAAUGAAAUAUUGACAGUGGGCUACUUAUUGGAGCAGAUUGAGAAGAUCCGAGUGGAGACAGCAGCAGGCCCACAUCAGCUCACAGUGGAUGUACAGCGACCCACCGGCUCUUUCUCUAUUGACUUUCUCGGAGGCUUCACCAGCUUCUAUGACCGAGUCACCAAUAUUGCUGUCAGGCUGGAGCCCAAGGAUGGGGCGCAGCAUCUCAUGCUGGCCAACUGCCACUUUGACACAGUGGCCAACAGUCCAGGUGCCAGUGAUGAUGCAGUGAGCUGUGCAGUAAUGUUGGAAGUCCUCCAUUCUCUGGCCAACCAGUCUACUCCUCUUCACCAUGGCGUUGUCUUCCUCUUCAAUGGAGCUGAGGAAAAUAUCCUGCAGGCCAGUCAUGGUUUCAUUACCCAGCAUCCGUGGGCCAAGCAAGUGAGAGCCUUCAUUAACUUGGAGGCUGCAGGUGUUGGGGGCAAGGAGGUUGUUUUCCAGACAGGUCCAGAGAACCCGUGGCUGGUUCAAGCGUACGUUAAUGCAGCAAAACACCCCUUCGCCUCUGUGGUCGGCCAGGAAGUCUUUCAGAGUGGCAUCAUCCCCUCUGACACCGACUUCCGCAUCUACAGGGACUUUGGUAACAUCCCAGGCAUUGAUCUGGCUUUCAUUGAGAACGGUUUCAUCUACCAUACAAAGUAUGACACUGCAGACAGAAUCCUGACAGACUCGAUACAGCGAGCCGGUGACAACAUCCUGGCGGUCCUGAAGUACCUGGCAAUGUCGGAGAAGUUGGCAGAUUCCUCAGAGUAUCGUCAUGGCAACAUGGUAUUUUUUGACCUGUUAGGGGUAGUCGUGGUGGCUUACCCAGCUCGUGUCGGCACCAUCCUCAACUACAUGGUGGCUGCAGCUACUUUCCUUUACCUGGCCAAGAAAGCCUCGCUUCCUGGCAAUGGGGGUAGGUCACAAUUUCCUGUCUGGACCAAAAUGUUGAGAUUGUUUUUAUUUCUCUGUAGAAGGAUUUGGUCAGCUGAUUGUGUACGUUCAUCUCCAUCUCUCUCAGGUGGUCGCUACGUGCGAGACUUGGCCUUUGCCACAGGUGUAGCGGUGCUGAGUUGGUUCAUCACUCUACUGUCAGUGCUGAUCGUAGCUCUGCUCGUCACUCUACUGGGCCGCUCCAUGUUUUGGUACAACCACUUCUAUGCCUCCAUCUGCCUGUACGGAGCUGCCUCCACUGGCAAGAUGAUCCUUGUACAUACGCUGGCCAAGAACCUUUACUACGGGGGGGUCCGUCUAGUGGAACUGGGUGAUCUCUACUUCGAUGUGAGCUUGCUGCUAUGGUGCUGCAGCCUGGUGUGGUUGACCCAGCAGGACCUGUGCUCAGCCUACGUACCCAUGCUGAUGGUGGCCUUUCCUCUGGCCACCAGACUGCUACUAGCUAAGGAAUUUAAACACAGAGGAGCAUCAGUGAAGUACAGUGUGCUCUAUUUGUUGGGUCUGGCGUUGCCAUAUGUCCACUUCAUGUUCCUCAUCUGGGUGGUCUUUGAGAUUUUCACACCCAUCAUGGGUCGCAGCGGCACAGAGAUACCCCCAGAAUUAGUCCUGGCCACCCUCGUCACCCUGGCAACCAUUUUCCUGUCCUCUUUUUUCCUUCAUUUCAUCUAUUUGGUACGGAGCACUAAGUGGAUCCUGGCGGGUCUGGGCUCAGUCUUCAUUGUCAUGUUCCUGUUGGUGUCCAGCAGUGUCUUCUUUCCUUAUUCAGCCGAUCCAGACAGUCCACGACCAAAACGAGUCUUCCUACAGCAUACAACACGGACCUUCCACAAUCUUGAGGGCCAGGUAGAGAGUCGAGACUCAGGUCUUUGGAUCAACAGUUUUGACUACACAGGCAUACAGCACGUCACACCCCACAUCCCUGACAUCAAUGACAGUGUUCGCACCCACUGCCGUGAGGACCGGCCCUUCUGCGGUUACCCCUGGUACCUGCCAGUGAAGUUCCUCAGCAAGAAGAACUGGUACCUUCCUGCUCCAGAAGUGUCUCCUAGCUCUCCGCUGGAGUUCAGCCUGCUGUCCAAAGAGGAGACCAGCUGGGGAACCAUCAAGAUGACGUUCAGUGCCAAAGGCCCAAGCCACAUGUCCCUGUACCUGAUGCCUCACCGAGGAGCCAGCCUCUCCACCUGGUCCUUUGGGGAUGGGACACCCCAGUUUGACCUGAGUGGAGAAUACUUUGUCUUCUAUUCCCACGGCCUCGAUGCCCCAAUGUGGACCUUCUGGUUUGAAAUACAGCCUCCCAGAGACCCGGACCCAUCGGGCCCUGAGGGAAUAAUCUCGGUUGCCAUCUCCGCUCACUAUUUCUUUGGGAAAGACCAGAGGACUGCUCGGCUGGAGGAAAUCCUCCACAGGUUCCCCACGUGGGCUUUUCCCUCAUCUUGGGUCAGUACCUACGACAUGUACCGAUACUGAGGUCCACACUCACACUGCAGAGGCUGACGCUGAGGAGAGCGAGCUGAGGGCUACAGGCCCACCCCCCCAAGACAGACAGAUAGACAGAAGCGAUUUCAAGGGACAAUACUGAGAACUGGCCCUGCUGCCUUCUCACUCUGGCACAAACAUGCACAACAACACACACUCACACACGCUGCCUCCCAGCCUGCCUGAGAGACCCCCAUCACUGUGUCAGUAGGCUUAGUACUGUAGCUAACCAAGCAGGAAGACACGUCGAGGCAUGCCAGAGCUGAGCUGACCAGCUUACAGACUGACUAACUCACUGACCGACGCACCGGCCACUACAAGCCUCGUGCUCACUCCUGGGUUACUGAAACAAAGGGGUUACGUUUUUUUUUUUUGUUUAUUUUUGUUUUGUUUUUUUGUACUCAAUCUUUCGUGCCUUUGCUUUACUCACUCCAUCUCACUCCCCUCCCUGCUCUUUCUCUCUCGCCAACUUCCUCCGCCCUGUUCUUCCUCUCUCAUGCUAACACUCUUCCUGAAUGAAUAACGUCGCAUGACUACCUCUCCCUGCUCUCUCUUUCAUCAGCACACCACUCGAGCCGUUCUCAGACUAAAUGUUUCUCCGGCUUCCUCAGCAAAAAUAACACCACCACUAUCUGCACUGUAGAUGUAGCGGAAUAGCAAUGGAUCUGCUCAGGAGGGCAAACAAAGAUCUGCUUUUGUUUCAACUCCUCUUCUGACUUUAACUGGAAACUUUGACACUUUGAAAGUCACUUUCUUUUUUCAAUACCACUUGUUGUACUAUGAGCAAAUAGGUUUUUGUACUAGCUAAUCAGUUAACUGUGAAGUUGCUCAUCAUGAUUCCUCACUAAGACCCUUGAUCUGCAGCACAUAAUGCUCCUGUGUUUCAAUGAGGAAUGCCAACAAUCUGCUGUGAUUGUCAGAGAUGCAAAAGCAGAUAAAUGUGCCUGUUAAUUGAAGAAAAAAAAAAAGCUGGCUAAAAUCAAAAUGUCAAAGUGUCCCUGAAAAUAGUAAGAUUUUGCUCAAAGGGGAGUAGGGUCUUUUUCUGAGGUCUUAAAGCGUUCGUCCUGACAUAUUCAGGCCAAACCUCAUGUCUUUCUGUCAAAGCUUGACAACACCAGAACUUGCAGCACUCAAAAAAAAAAAAAAAAAGAAAGUCCUGUGAUUUAAAAUGAUUCCCGAGCCUUUGAGGGUGAACGGGUGGGAAACCAGCAAUGCAAAUCCACACUCAUUAACAGCGUCAGCGUUCCAACACUUUGAUGUGAAGCAGAGCGUACUGACGAUGAUCUACAUUUGCUGUUACUGUAAUAGUGUUUGGAUCUGUGCUGUGAGCCGUCUCCAGCAGCACCAAUAAUCUUUUAUGUAAUGACAGAAAAGGAUCCAGUCCAUAUGACUCAACAUGUUGGCUGCAGGUAGAGAGAAGUUAAAUAGAACUUGGUGCAUUUUCAGUCAGUUGUACUAUUAAAACAAAACGGGAAUAGCAUGCGUGUGGCUACAUUUGAAAUUUGUCCUGAUCAAUUAGCAAAUUAUUCAAUAUAUAAAAACAAAGAAAGCAGCUAUUGCUUUUAAAUGCCUUUUUUUAUGGGUCCGUAUGUAACUAUGUAAGAACUAUGUAAUUAUACAAUUAUAUGGAAAAUAGACUGUUUUUAAUUGGUUUACUUUCAAUGAAUUAAUUCCAACUGAUUCUCUGCUGUGAUAUUAGUAUAUUAUUCUAGCAUGCCAUGUAACACAUAAGGAGAAUAAGGCUUUCAACGUGGGUUUAAAUUAUGCUUUUAUUCAAAGCAAAUUCCUAUUUUCCUGAUUAUUGGCACCAAAUUACAAAGUGCUCUUCAGGAUGUUAUUAGAAAAUUACUGAGCCAUAACAUGUUGCCAAAAACAUUUCCAUACAGAUAGUUUUAGGGUAAGAUCUGAAAUGCUGCUGCAUAGAGAAAAUGUUAAAUAGCUAGAAUGAGAAAAUGAUGCCUGAGGUUAAGGUGGAGGAUCCAGCCAAUAUGGGGCCAUUAAAGUUCUGACUUGACUUUUCUCUACUCUCAGUUCUCCUGAAACACAUACAUUAUAUCUAAAGACUGUAAGAUUAGGAGUCAACGCUGCUGAGGACAGCUUAGUGUCAGCUAUCGUCCACUCUCAUUUUUUGUGGUGCAUGUUGCUAAUAUUUCGCUCAUCUCACGUGGAGCUGCAGCUUGUCGUGUAGAGCUCAAGUAUCGCAGCCGCAGUCCAGUUAGUAUGACCUGUGUCUGCUUCACAUAGUGGACCCGUUGUUACAGUUUAGUUUCACCACUACCUCUACAAUAAUCUAAACUUACAGAGAUAACGGUUAUUAAUGUUCUCACAAAGACUUGUUUAAAUGUUAUAGUUGGAAGAUUUAAAUAAUAUAUAUAAUGUAUACGGUUGAAAAGUGAGAGAGAUUGUGAUGAUCUUUAAAGCAUGUUUAUCUGAGGGCUACCUCUCCUAUAGAUGUAUCUAAAGAGGUCUGUUUCCAUCGUGUUUGAUAGAUGAAUCAUGAAUCGCAUAGCUGUGCAUCUAAAACAGUCAGGAUGAGCGUCCCGUCCUGUCUUCAGUCCCACACACUGAUGAAUUCCAUUACAACACACAAUAAUGUUACAUUGUUGCUUGCUGGCAUUUUGACCCCUUUUUAUAUAAUCAAAGGUGGGAUCAGGUUGUAAAAACUUUGGGAGAUUUUUUUUUUUUUUUGCACUUGGGAGAUGAACUGAGCAAAAAACCACCUUGUGUCUCUUGUCACCCAGCGACACGUCCCUGUGAUCCAUGUCGUCUGCUUCAGUCACACAAAAUGAGAAACGCUGACAUGAAGGAGGCCUUAAAAGUUUUUUGCUUCCAAAGAGACACAACAUGUUUACUGUGCAACGCGGACACAAACAUCUCAGUGGUCUUAAAAAAAAUGCUAUCUAAGUGCCGCACUGUGCAGACUUUGUAUGUAUGUAUGCGAACCUGUCGUCUGUUGGGAAUCACAGCCUUCAGUAGCACUCGACAAUUUGCAAACAGAUUGUCCUUCUAUGCUCUUUCUUUUUAUGCAUGAUGUGUCAAACGGGAUGAGCAAAACGGAGCUCUAAUUGGUGGGUUGUAGCCAAAUGAGCCAGAUGAUUUGAAAUGAGUUGACAAAAAACGACAUCACCAUGAGUUCAUCAAAGUGACCAACAUGGAUGAGAAGUCUGUGUACAGUUGAUAAAAAAAAAAAAGGAAA